AUGGGAAACACUCUAGCAAAGCUUCUAAAUCUACUUCACUCCAAAAGAGAUGUUCGAAUACUUAUGGUAGGAUUAGACGCCUCAGGAAAGACUACUAUAUUGUACAAACUUAAACUGGGAGAAGUCGUCACUACAAUACCAACAAUUGGAUUCAAUGUUGAAACUGUAGAAUACAGAAACCUGUCAUUAAAUGUUUGGGACGUCGGAGGCCAAGAUAAAAUUCGUCCACUUUGGAAACAUUAUUACACAAAUUCUCAAGCCGUAAUUUUCGUCGUAGAUUGUAACGACCGAGAACGCAUUCCAGACGCAAAGGAUGAAUUACAUAAAAUGAUGAAUGAAGAUGAAUUGAGAGGAGCAGUCCUCCUAAUUUACGCUAACAAACAAGACCUCCCCAAUGCAAUUAGUCCUACUGAGCUCUCGUCAUUAUUAUCCCUUGAACAUUUCAGGGAUAGGAAAUGGUAUAUUCAAGCUUCAUGUGCUACCGCGGGUACAGGCCUUUAUGAGGGUAUGGACUGGUUAACAUCAGAAUUAAAAAACAAACCAUGA